CAUUUACCUCUACGCAGUUACCGAGCUAGUUUACGGGCAUGUUUACGAAGGUACGAUAGCUCGCUCGGUUAUUGGCCGACACUUUUUAAAGGAUCGCUCUCGGCGAUGGUGGACAUUGCCCCGUUGAUCAAAGGUAUGCAAUCAAGUCUUAAUUACUUAGUGCAAGGAGCUAUUUUUCGCAGAAGCACAGACGUGCAAGGAUCGACCCUCCGACAGGACAUCGCGAGGAACUUGACUCACCGCUCGAUUCUCCCUUCGUUCACGAGUCCCAGGGGCUAUCGAGACGACACCUCCACCAUCCCUUCGUUAAAUCUGCAGCGGACAUACAAACCCCCACCCCCACCUCCACCCCUCUUCCAAACCCUCAUUCUACUCCAUCCAACCAAAUACUCUUUACAUCUCUCGAACGUCUCGCUACCGCGGAAGAUCGAUAUGUGUAUAAAAGGAAAAGAGAGAACGCGAGCGCGAAUUGAAAGGGGUAAGAGGAAGGGAGAAUAGAGAGGAAGCUCCCUUUCGAAAGUGUGAAGUGAGUCUUGAACGAUAUGGUAGUGGUACUAUUCGAUGCUCCUGUUUCGAUAUAUUAUGCAAGACAAAGACAAUGGUCAACCCUCUUUAUUUUACUCGACACUCUUCAUUUUUUCAUCUAGAAAGUUUGUGUAAUUCGAAGCCUUCCAUAUUAUUUAAGCUUCCACGAUGCCUUUGUAUCAUCCCAAGAUUAUGUAUUUAUAUUAAAAUUUUCGUCACUAUGGA